GGUUUUAUUUUUGGCUUAUCAUACUCCGUAUCGGAUAAACGAGUUUUCAGCCCCGGGCGUACACAGAUCAAAAGCCUUUUCCCAAGCAGUAGAAAUACCGUGAGAUUAAGGGAGAGAGAGGAUAGAGAGAGCUGAAGCUCCUCUCUCAUCAGAUAAUAAUGCUGCCCCGGGCCAGGAUGCAGAAGAGAAACCAAGUCUCCAGAUCACAGGACGUGUGAAUAAACGCCAGCCAUUUAAAGUACGUAAACAUUCAGGACAUCCGACACUGCAUACCGCUCAGGCCAGUUAAGGAAUCAGAAAGGAGGAGGACGGCAUUUUAGACUCCUCAGUCUCAUUCUUGUGAGGAAGAAGGGCCUUAUGGGACACUAUGCAGGGUUAAAAUGGUUUUGCACACUCGUGUGUUAUCACAACCUGGAGUUUUCAACCCCGGACGCAUACGGAUCGUGUGCAGUUGCGAUGGUGGACACGCACUCUGGUGUGGGCGUACAUUUUUUGCAUAUGGAUUGCAUCUGAAAAGCAACUUAUGUGGAUAUCUGCACUUACAAGAUUCAUGUGACCUGGCAAACCGUGUUUUUCUGUUCACUUUUCGGCCAGUUUGUCUUUCUUCAAAGUGUGAGCUUAGAUCACCUCAGAGAGGAGAAUGAGCUCUCAUUUAGGGCACAAGACAUCAAGAGCUCGGUUUCAUGUUUUGUACUCAUAAUUACUGUCUUUUCUUAGACGGACUGUUCCGGAGGGAAAUCCAGACUCCUUUGAGAUUGUAGAAAGAAAGCUUUUUUUUCUCUCUCUCUCUCUUUUUUUUUUUGUAGUUUCUUUUUUUCUCUCAUACUUUUUGUUUCACUGUAUACCUCCCACCAAAACAUUUUUUUCCCCUUUAGUAGUCUAACAUCAUUCUCACAUGCACUCAUCUGCUAGGAAUCUUUGAGAGAUAUGAGAUUGGUCUCUGAGCGAGUACUGUAUGAAUGCCUGAACUCAAACGGCUGCUUCCUUUGAGCUCUUUUUGGUAUAACACGGGGCUUACCAGAGAUUUGCACUAAAAGAGCAUUGCUGUCACUUGAUUUUCCUUUUAUUGACCAAAUCUUGUUACAUUCAAGCCAUAUGAACUUAUUUUUGAUGAAGCUAGAGCUAUUUUUGUAUUACAGUGAAGUCAUAGAAAUAUUUCAUAUUAUGUGUAUAUAAAUUUAGUCUAUUUUUUAUGUAUCAACACACACAUAUACAAAAAGACAUCUGCACUAUUUUACGUUAACGAUUGUUUUUGGUAAGAAAUGCACCUUUUUUUAUGAGAACAUAAUCUAUUUCACUGAAUUUAUUGUUAUGGCCAUGGCUACACAUCGUCCUCACUCAGGUGGGAGAUGUGUUUUCUUCGCUCUCUGACGCCUCCCCCUGUUCCCUCGUUUUUUUGACAUCUCCAAAUGCCUGUGGGUCUUAGUGUGGGUGGGGCUCUCGGAGACCCCUCUCCAUCCCGCUCAUUCCACCCCAGUCGCUAUGUGCCUGUGUCCGCAGCAGCCGCCUUCCUUGUGGGGGCCACGACACUGUUUCUCUGUUUUACGUGUCCGUGGCUGUCAGAGCGGUUCUCCUCCUCCAUUCCACUCUAUAAUGUUGUGAUCUUCCUCUUCACACUGGCCAAUUUCUGUAUGGCCACAUUCAUGGACCCUGGCAUUUUUCCUAGAGCUGAAGAAGAUGAGGAUAAAGAGGAUGAUUUCCGGGCUCCGCUUAAUAAGACGGUGGAUGUGAGGGGCAUUCAGGUGCGGAUGAAGUGGUGCACAUCUUGUCGCUUUUACAGACCACCGCGCUGUUCACACUGCUCUGUGUGUGACAACUGUGUGGAGGAUUUUGACCAUCACUGCCCAUGGGUGAACAACUGCAUUGGAAGGCGGAACUAUCGUUAUUUCUUUCUGUUCCUGCUCUCGCUCACUAUUCACAUUAUGAAUGUGUUUGGCUUCAGUUUGCUAUACAUCCUCCAUCACACUAAACAACUGGACCAGGUCCACUCUGCAGUCACUAUGGCGGUGAUGUGUGUAGCUGGCCUGUUUUUCGUCCCAGUUGCAGGGCUCACUGGGUUCCAUGUUGUUCUUGUAGCCAGAGGGAGAACGACCAAUGAACAGGUGACUGGGAAGUUCAGAGGCGGCGCUAACCCCUUCACACAUGGGUGCUUGAAAAACAUUGCACACAUGCUUUGCAGUUCACAGGCUCCCAGGUAUCUUGGUCGCUUACGAAAGCCUCAUUCUGUUCAGGUCCAGCCACCAUUUCUCCGGCCACCUCUGUCUGAAGCCCAACUAGCAGCUAAAGUCCUGGAUAAUGGCAUCCAACAGUCUAAAAGUAGUUUGGAGAUAAUGGAGAGUCAGUCCACUGAUGCUGACCCCCCUCCACCACCUAAACCAGAGCACAGAUACCCUGGGCUGCCUCACACACAAAAUGAAGAGUGCAGCUUGCUGACUGAGACUCCACCCACACCUUCAUUAUAUAAAUACAAGCCGGCCUACAGCAGUCCAGGAAAAAAACACACGGCCUCAACACAUUCAAGCAAAAUGAGUCGAGGGAACAGUAUGACCGAGUCUCCCUCUGUCCCCGUCACCACUGGGCAGCCCAGCUACUGCUCAGACCCCAGUUUGUCAAGCCGGGGGGGUGCAGGGUGCCGUGGGGGAGGGGAGGGAGGUAGAGCAGGCUCGGGGGGCCUGGGUGGGGCCUCUGGGUUUGGUGGGCGAUCUUACCCUUCUUUUACUGACACCCUACUCCAGUCAGCAGCAGCCUCUUGCUCCUCAAGCCUUCGCACUGCCCAAACGGCCCACAAUGCCCUCGGCCCCCUCAUCUCUGAGGGUACAACCUCCACUAGCUACAAGAGUUUAGCCAAUCAGACACGCAACGGCAGCUUGUCAUAUGAAAGUCUGCUGACACCCUCCGAAAGCCCAGAGUUUGAGUCUGCUGCUCACGAGCUUUCCCCGCCCAGACCGCAGCCUCCGCACUCUCUUAGCACAGCACCAGGGGCCCCACCUAUUUUGGGGUACACGUCCCCUUUCCUAUCUGCUCAGCAGAGGGAGGGUUCUCUCCAGGCCUGCCCUGCCCCCCUAAGACCCUCCCCCAACAGAGCUUUUCUGUGCCCAACAAGCUCACCCCCUUCAAGGGCUCCGCCCCUUUCUCCACGCGCUCGCUCAUUGGGCUCCCCUCCUCCUGGCCCCGCCCCUGGCCAUACACCUCUGGGCAAAUCACUGUCCUAUGGAGGUGGCGCCGAGUUACAGCACCACCCCUCUAGCUCAGGGGGCGGGACGCCGAUGCCGAACUCGACUAUUAAGCAAAACAUGGCCAACCAUAACACCCACUCACACAAACCUGCAGGAGGGGUGAAGAAAGUGACUGGUGUUGGAGGAACGACCUAUGAGAUCUCAGUUGUGAAUGACUGACACAAAAGAAUCCGGAUUCACUCGGCAGUUUUCUCCUUGAUCAGAUGGAUGUAAAGCUGCUCAACCACACGUGCAAAAAAAAAAGCAUACAAGACUACAAAGAAGAAUCCUAAGUGUUUCCCAAUCCAACUUUAUCAGUCACUGUGGAGGACAUACUAUGAGAACAUGGACCAGUGAAGACAAAACUUACAGCAUUUUGUUUUCUAAAUAUCAAUAUGGUACAGAAAUACCACAGACUUUCUUUGUAAUUUAAAGAAUCAUUUGGUACAUCAGUGUAUUUCCUACCGAUUUGUACACAAGACUGUCCAAUGAUCAUUGGAUAUUCAGCCUUGGUAGGCAGGACCAUGCGAGACACACUGAUGCCUCAUUCAGAAUGACGUCGACAGAAACCAAAAGCCUCUCAGCAGUCAGCCAAUAAGCAUACAUAAAUCACUGUUCAGUCUUGCAUAUUCUAUAGCACUCAGUUUCAAACCCUUAAAGAGACAGUUCACCAAAAAUUACAAUUCUGUCAUCGUUUAACAUCCUGAUGUCAUUCCAUCCAAACCCAUAUGAUUGACUUUCCUUUGUGGAACACAAAAUGAGAUAUUUUAAUGAAUGUUCAAGCUGCUCUUUUCCAGACAAUAGUGUGCACAUGUUUUCCAGUCCCAACAAAUACAAAAAAAGGCCAUAAAAGUGGUCAAUACAACUUCUAAAGUCUUCUUAAGCAGUGGUUCUCAACCAUUUUUUAAUUAUUUAAAAAUACGAAAUUGAGUAAAAUAAGUAAAAAUCAAGAUAUUGCUUAGCUUAAUUCACCCGCCUUGAAGAACCAGGAUUCCCACUGUCUUAAAACAAUGCAUCUUGAUGUACUGUACGAGGAAGCCUAAAUCACACUAAAAAGUGUGAUUUCUAGACCUGGAAAAGUCAAUAAAGACAAAAAUACUCCUAUAACUCCAUGGGCUUUUUUAGAAUCAAUGUUAAUUUUUUUAGCCAAGUUUAAAAACAAUCCUUAUCCUCAAUCCUUAUUAAGAAAAUCGAAAACCUGGAGUCAAAAAGGUUUGAGAACCACUGCUGAGAAAUCAUGUGAUAGCUGACAGAUGCAAAAUGCAACAAUUGUGGUGUAAAACGUUCAUGUCUGCCGAUCACAGAACUGUCAUUUUUGCGUGAACUAUUUCUACUAGAACUAGUUUUUAUCCCCAUUAUUAUUUUAUAGAGGUACAGAUGUAUACGUGUUAAGUUUGAUACAGAAUAUAAUAUUAAGAUGCAGGCAUAUAUGAUGUAUGAUUGUUUGUGUUAGGUUGGAUGGUGUUUGUCAGAUUUAUAUGAUGAAAUUCUCAGCCAAAGAGACUCGGUCUGUUUGACAGAUAGCACACUCAGCAAGUAGGAAUGAAUGUAUCUAAAGACACACAAGUUACUAGAGCGCAACAUAUUAAGCAAAGAUUAUUUACAUUAUGUGCUGAAGAUAUCAUGCAAAUUGUAACUUUGUGUCAGUGUGUCCACCAAUCAAGAGCCAUACUCUCUCGACACAUGGUCAGCCAAUCACGAGAGUUUAUUUAUUCAGCUAGAGGAGGCCAGUGCAAGUACAUGCUGGAUGCACCAUCGUAUUGAUUUAGAAAAUUCAUUCUUUAUUUUAUUGUUUUAUUUUUUUUUUAAGUGGACAUUGGUUAAAUAGCCUGAGUACAGUGAUUAUCUCCUCAUAGAUGUAUAAUAUAAGUUUGAUUGUAUUUGUCUAUGUGAGAGAAUGAGUGUGACAUUUUUUUUUUUAACUUACCUGACUGUUGUACAAGAGCACAUUCCAACUAUCCUUUUGGUUCAGAUCGGAGGUCGUUCACGACUUUUCUUUCUGCUUUUUGAGAUCAGGACCAGUGACCAGUCAGAGUAAGAUAGAAACCGCUUAUGCAGAGACUUGGGAAAGGUUUUUUUUUUUCCAUUUCCACCAUGGCCUUAUAAUGCCUUUUUAACUGUUAUCAAGGGUAUUUCAGUAUGUGUAAUUGACUCUUAGAGAUGACCGAUAGAGAACUGUUGUGUUGACUCUUGGGUAAGAAUGCAGACUCGUUUAACCCUUCUGUAUUUCUGAAAUGCCACUGACUCUGAGUCACAUGAGCAACACAUUUUCAACAGAACAAUAAACAGAAUGAACAUAA